AUGGCUGCUAACGGAAAGUUAGCACUCCUAAGCGUAUCAGACAAGGCUGGUCUACUGCCCUUGGCCAAAUGUUUAUCAGAGAUUGGUCUUGGUCUGGUGGCUAGUGGUGGCACCUCAAGCACCUUACGCAAUGCCGGCUUCAACGUCACCGAAGUAUCGGAUAUCACGAAAGCACCUGAAAUGUUAGGCGGUCGCGUUAAGACCUUACAUCCGGCUGUUCACGCUGGAAUUUUAUCGAGGCUAACUGAUUCGGACCAGGAAGAUAUGAAGCGACAGAAGUUUGACAUGAUAAGCGUAGUCGUGUGCAACCUGUACCCGUUCGUACAAACAGUAUCAAAGCCUGGUGUGACCAUCGCUGAUGCAGUUGAAAACAUCGACAUUGGAGGAGUAACACUGCUAAGAGCUGCUGCUAAGAACCACGAUAGAGUCACAGUGAUCUGUGACCCCAGUGAUUACGAUAAAGUUGUUGAAGAAUUAAUGAAGAGCAAAGAUCAUCAGACAUCUUUGGAAACAAGGAAAUUGCUGGCUCUAAAAGCGUUUACACACACAUCGGAGUAUGACCUGGCUAUUUCAGACUAUUUCCGUAGACAGUAUUCAGGUGGACAGUCGCAACUUACUCUUAGAUAUGGAAUGAAUCCUCAUCAAAAACCAGCUCAAGUGUUUACGACACGCGACCGUCUGCCGCUCACCACCCUCAACGGCUCGCCUGGUUUCAUCAAUUUGUGUGAUGCUCUCAACGCUUGGCAGCUAGUUAAGGAGCUAAAAGAGGCUUUAGGACUACCGGCAGCCACGAGCUUUAAGCACGUCUCUCCCGCGGGCGCAGCUGUGGGUAUUCCCUUGACCGAGGAAGAGGCGUCCGUGUGCAUGGUGUCGGACCUGUGGGCGCAGCUGUCGCCGCUGGCGAGCGCGUACGCGCGUGCGCGCGGCGCGGACCGCAUGAGCUCGUUCGGAGACUUCGUGGCGCUGUCCGACGUGUGCGACGCCGUCACCGCCAGGAUCAUAUCCCGGGAGGUGUCCGACGGUAUCGUGGCUCCCGGCUACACCCCGGAAGCUUUGGAGCUGCUGAAGAAGAAAAAGGGUGGCAGCUACUGCGUUUUACAGAUGGAUCCAAAUUAUGAACCAGAUUUACUGGAGCAAAAGACAAUUUUCGGUCUUACUCUAGAACAGAGACGUAAUGACGCGAAGAUCACGUCGGAGCUGUUUAACAAUAUCGUCACGACUAAGAAGGAGCUGCCUCCGAACGCUGUGAGAGAUUUGAUCGUGGCUACCAUUGCGUUAAAGUAUACUCAAAGUAACUCUGUUUGUUACGCCAGAGAUGGACAGGUGGUGGGCAUCGGCGCGGGGCAGCAGUCGCGCAUCCACUGCACGCGGCUGGCGGGCGGCAAGGCGGCGCUGUGGUGGCUGCGGCGCCAUCCGCGCGUGCGCGCCUUCCGCUUCCUGCCCGGCGUCACGCGCGCCGUGCAGGCCAACGCCGUCGACAACUACGUCAACGGCACCGUCGGUUCAGAUCUACCUCUAGAGCAAUGGAAUACUCUAUUUGACGGGCCAGCCCCUGCCCUCCUCACUGAAAAAGAACGCGAAGAAUGGAUCAGCAAAAUGGACCGCGUUGCUCUAGCCUCUGAUGCGUUCUUUCCCUUCAGAGAUAACAUCGACAGAGCUGUACAGUGUGGUGUUGAAUACAUCGGUAGUCCAUCCGGCUCGAACAACGACAAAGAAGUUAUAGACGCCUGCAAUGAACACAAAAUCAUUAUGGCACACACCAAUCUCAGGCUUUUCCAUCACUGA